AUGGAAAAUUCGGGUUGUCACACCCUGUAUAGGAUGUUAAGUUUAGUCCACUUGGACACAAUUUUGCAAGUGCAGCUCAUGGUAGAACAGCUAGGAUUUGAAUGGCAUAUGAACUGCAAUUACGUUGAAACCAGAUCAAGCGACAAAAUUGUUCGUUUAUGGGACGUACAAAAUGGUGAAUGCAUAAGAAUUUUCAUUGGUUAUAGGAGUAUGAUUUUAUCAUUAGCCAUGUCACCUGAUGGUAGAUACAUGGCAUCUAGUGAUGAAGAUGGAAGUAUAAUGAUGUGGGAUAUUUCCAAUGGUCGAUGUGUCCCUCCUCUUGUUGGCCAUACUUCAUGUGUUUGGUCUCUUGCUUUUAGUUGUGAGGGAUCCCUUCUUGCAUCUGGUUCCACUGAUUCAACUGUUAAAUUAUGGGACGUUAACACAAGUGUAAAAACGCCCAAAACCGAAGACAAGGUUGUUCAUAUAGUUCUUGAACAAAACUAUGAAAUGGAAAGGCCUUUGGCACCCAGGACUCUAAGAGUUUAUUCUCCAUAUUGGUUGAUGAUUGCUAGAUGUCCGCCACUUACAUUCAGGCUUGUAGAUAUGUCUACAAAAAAAGCAAAACAAAACCCUUUUUAUGUGAACUAUGUGAGUUCAUUUAUCUCCUAUGUGUUUCUUAGGAUGGUUGAUUGGGUGUCUCUACUUAUGAUGCGAACAAGAACCGCAUACGCCUCUUUGUAUAAUCAAAAGCAACCCCCUAUUCAGAUCAUUCAAACAAAGGAUAGAAGCACAGUAUGGGCUCUAUUAAAGCUUGGAUUCUUAGAAAAAGAUUGA